AGGGGUGGAGGCUGGGCCGCCUCCUGGACCCCUGCCCCCUUGCCCUGCCUUCCAGGGCCGGGCAGCCUCGGUCCACUGUUGGGCUGGGAGCAAGAAGCAGUGGCUGCCCUUGGAGAGGCAGCUCCAGCUGGGAUGGCAGCUCCAGCAUCUCUAAGGGCCUCGGGGGGUCCAGCCCCUCAGGGGGCACCCUAGGCCUUCCACAGCCAGCCGCCUGUGUGCCUGCCCCCCACCCAUCUUCGGGCCACUCACCAUGGGUGGCUGCUUCUCCAAGCCCAAGCCAGUAGAGCUCAAGAUCGAGGUGGUGCUGCCCGAGAAGGACCGGGGCAAGGAGGAGCUGUCUGCCGGCGGGAAGGGCAGCCCCCGGGCCUACCAGGGCAACGGCACAGCCCGCCAUUUCCAUGCAGAGGAACGCCUGCCCGCCCCCCACCCCUACCCUGGUGCCCAGGACUGCCUGGAGGCUGCUGUCUGCCACAUCAAAGACCUGGAGAACGGCCAGAUGCGGGAAGUGGAGCUGGGCUGGGGGAAGGUGUUGCUGGUGAAAGACAACGGGGAGUUCCAUGCCCUGGGCCACAAAUGUCCGCACUAUGGUGCGCCCCUGGUGAAAGGAGUGCUGUCCCGUGGACGGGUGCGCUGCCCCUGGCAUGGCGCCUGCUUCAACAUCAGCACCGGAGACCUGGAGGACUUCCCUGGCCUGGACAGUCUGCACAAGUUCCAGGUGAAGAUUGAGAAGGAGAAGGUGUACGUCCGGGCCAGCAAGCAGGCCCUGCAGCUACAGCGAAGGACCAAGGUGAUGGCCACGUGCAUCUCUCCAAGCGCUGGCCACAGCAGCAGCACCAACGUGCUCAUCGUGGGCGCAGGCGCAGCUGGCCUGGUGUGUGCAGAGACGCUGCGGCAGGAGGGCUUCUCAGACAGGAUCGUCCUGUGCACUCUGGACCGGCACCUUCCCUACGACCGGCCCAAGCUUAGCAAGUCUCUGGAUGCACAGCUGGAGCAGCUGGCCCUGAGGCCCAAGGAGUUCUUCCGAGCCCAAGGCAUCGAGGUGCUCACUGAGGCCCAGGUGGUCACGGUGGACGUGAGGAACAAGAAGGCCGUGUUCAAGGAUGGCUUCAAGCUGGAGUACAGCAAGCUGCUGCUGGCACCCGGGAGCAGCCCUAAGACCCUGAGCUGCAAAGGCAAAGACGUGGAGAAUGUGUUCACCAUCCGGACGCCCGAGGACGCCAACCGCGUGGUGAGGUUGGCCCGGGGCCGCAACGCUGUGGUCGUGGGAGCCGGCUUCCUGGGGAUGGAGGUGGCCGCCUACCUGACUGAGAAGGCCCACUCAGUGUCCGUGGUGGAGCUGGAGGAGACGCCCUUCAGGAGGUUUCUGGGGGAGCGCGUUGGUCGUGCCCUCAUGAAGAUGUUUGAGAGCAACCGGGUCAAGUUCUACAUGCAGACGGAGGUGUCGGAGCUGCGGGCCCAGGAGGGAAAGCUGAAGGAGGUCGUGCUGAAGAGCAGCAAGGUCUUGCGGGCUGACGUCUGCGUGGUGGGCAUUGGUGCAGUGCCUGCCACGGGCUUCCUGAGGCAGAGCGGCAUAGGUCUGGAUUCCCGAGGCUUCAUCCCUGUCAACAAGAUGAUGCAGACCAAUGUCCCGGGCGUGUUUGCAGCUGGCGACGCUGUGACCUUCCCCCUGGCCUGGAGGAACAAUCGGAAAGUGAACAUCCCACACUGGCAGAUGGCUCAUGCCCAGGGUACCACCAGCCCUGCAGCAGCUUGGGGUGGGAGGCUGUCCCAGAGUCUCAGCCUUCCCCAGGCCCACCCCCUCAGUUGCUGGCCUUGGGUCCUGCUCACUGGGUCAGCCAUUCAAGGCUCUGUGGCAGCCUGUCCAGCCAGCCCCAUGCAGGUGGUCAAGGCGGCUCACAGAGACCUCCCAUCUCAGACCUCCGUCCAGUGCCCUCUUGACAUCCCAUUUCACCAGCCACAGUGCCCCACCUCGCUGGUCCCUCCACCAGCCAGCCUCUCCUUUCCUUUUGUCCUCAGAGACACAUGUUCUGCAGAAUUCCUCACCAACCUGUGCAGUCACCCAGGGAGGGAGAGAGGGGUUUAGUAGAACCCGGGCCAGCUCCCCACUCUCCCCUUUGGGCCACUUGACUGGCUCUGUGAACCCAGCUGCCUCGUGCAGGCCCCUGGGAUAUGGCCGUCUGGGCCUGGAAACCUGGGCUCAGUGGGGACCUGCUGUGCUCUCUGAGGAACAACCUUCCCCCUCCCCUUGGGCAGUCCCUGUGCACACCUGGUCUGGGCCUCUCAGCCGCAGGUACAGCCAGUUAGCUGCCUCGGAGAGAGGACGGCCAGACCCCCUGCACCCUCCUCCCUUCUCUCGGCCUUCACGUUAUCUGAGCAUCUGUGCCUGAAACCCCACUCCUGGUACCAAUUUCUGCUCGGGUCCAAGGUCUAAAGUUGGUGCUAGGUUUGAAGGAACCAAAAGCUACUCAUCAGCUGAGUAUAAUUAAGGUUUAACUGGGAGGGUCCAAGGACUGUCACAGACCUCCAAAUACAGGGGUCCAGUGGGGCCUUGUCCAAACUGGGGAGCCACCCACCCUAUUCUGUCUUGGGCUCUGAGUGAGGCUGUCAUCCCUGCUUCCCUGGACACUGGUGCCCCAUUUGCCCGCCUCCCUCCUCAGACCUGACCU